CCCACAAAAAAGUUAUGCAGCCAAAUUAUAGAAGUUUUCCAAAAAAGUUUACAUAAAAUUUGCAUGGUAAAUUGACAAGUGCACAAUCGAAGCGAAUUAAAAACAUGUUUCCACGCAGUGUGAAUCCAAUGAAGCAGUAAAACGCCCAAGAGUUGCUUGUUAGUGACUAUCUAUCUAAACGUACGCACACAUGUAUGCUUCUUAAACACGACGACGACGACGCCGCCGCCAUCACAUGGAUCCCAACUCCAGUCACUGGUCAUACGCUUAUAACCGCAUUGUGCCCGGUUCGGCCGGCAGUACAGCAGGCACAGCCGAGGAUUUCCAGCAUCCGCAUCUGGCCACCAUCACAGCCGCUAGCUUAGCCAGCUUUAAUGCGGCUGCAGCGAGCGGCGGCAGCUUUGUGCCACCCUCGCCCAUUGGCAGCUAUAAUCCAGUAUUCCAGCAGAUCUAUCAUCAUGCAGCCGCUGCCAGUGUGCAACCGAAGCCGGCGCAUUAUGCCUCCACGACGGUGCAAACGCCACAUCGCCAGCUGCAACAGCUGCAGUUGCCCAGCACACUGGACAAGCAGCUGAGCUCGUUUCAAAACCAAGCAGCUGUGGCAGCCGUAUCAUCGGCAGCAGCUGCCGCAGCGGCAGCGAAUAAUGUGGUGGCAUCCAACUAUUAUGGCGAGAACUCAUCAUCGAGUGGAGCGUCGCCCUCGCCAACGACGGUGGCUUUGACAUCAACGUCGCUGACGUGGAAUACACCGAAUAUGCUGUCCAAUACGUUCCUUGCCAUGCAGCAGCAGCAGCAACAGGCGCAACAACAGCAGCAGCAACUGAAUCUGGUCGCUGACAAAGUGCAAAUCAAGCAAGAAAACGCACAAGAUGCAAAGGCUCAAAUCGAAGCGUACAACGAACUAAUUUACUUGACCCAAUUGCAACAACAACAGCAACAGCAGCAACAACAACAGCAGCAGCAACAGUUGCAACACGAAAUGGCAGAGACGGAAACGUACUACACAAUGGAUGGACAGAAAGUGAAGUUGACACGCAAGGAUCCGCAAUCGAUACACAUCGAACAGCAGAAUGUGAGUCCCGCUUAUGCGGCACAAUACGCAAGUCCAGCGCUUAGCUCAGCGGAUGGAUCACCCAUAACGAAUUUAAACACUGUCGAUGUGGCUGGCACACCACAUGUCAUUGUCUACAAAACCACAACGACAUCGGCAGCAUCGGCAUCCUCGACGGCAGCAGCAGCGGCGGCGGCGGCAGCAGCAGCAACGGCUGCCUCAGCGGGAUCGCCAGUGGCGCGACGUACUAUAAUGAAUGUGGCAGGCGCUGGUUCGUCUGCAGCGCCCACAACGGUGGCCUAUUCAUCUGUGAUACAAAGCACGUUGCAACAGCAACAGCAGCAACAACAACAGCAGCAGCAGCAACAGUUGCAAGUGCAGCAGCAUUGCUGGACAAAGCCAGAGGACGGCGGGGGACAGGAUGAGAUUAAGAGUGUGCUGCAGUUGCAUGUGAAGCAAGAGCAUCGACACCUCGAUGCCUAUGGCAAUGAGGCUGCUGCUGCUGCUGGCGGCGAUACCAGUGAGAAUCUCGUGUUUAAUCUGCCGCCAGGCCUGGAGAUCAAGCAAACAUUUUAUCAGCCAAGUGUCAUUGAUGUGGAGUCAUUGAAACAGGCACAGGCUGCAGCUGCAGCACAGGAGCAACAUCAGUUGCAACUGCAACAACAGCAGCAGCAGCAGCAACAACAUGGUGGCAGCUCGCCGCAAGCGCGUCGACAACAUGUGGUGGCCAAUAUGAUAUUGUCGCCGGGGACAACGAGCAGCUUAACGUCACAGAUUCAAACAGUGCCAAAGGAGGAUGUGAAACCACCGCCUAAGCCGGCGAAGACGCCAAGGAAACGGCAGCCUAAGAAAACGUUGAUUGCCAGCAGCGAAUACAGCACUGUGCGAAGUCCGCAGGAGUCGCAACACCAUCAGUUGCAACAGCAACAACAGCACAAUCAGCAGCAGCAACAGCAGCAGCAAAAUACGUAUUAUGACUUCAACAGCAAGUGGAAUACGCCGCUGAAAACGGAGAACAAUGCGGCGUCUGUGUCGCCGGCAACAACCAUCAACAUACCCACAUAUCCGCAGCAUAGUCAGCCGCAGCAACAGUCCACGCAGCAGCAGCAGCAACAACAGCAGCAGCAUCUGCCACAGCCGGCACAUUUGCAAUCAUCGCAGGCGCAAUCGCAUCUCACACAGCUGGCGCAAUACUAUCCGGCAUUUCCGCAGCCAAUUGCAUCGCAGUAUACGGCGUGUAUGCAACAACAACAGCAGCAGCAACAACAACAGCAGCAACAGCAACAACAACAGCAGCAGGUGUACACACAACAGCAGCAACAACAGGUGUAUGCGCAACAGUUGCAGCAUCAGCAGCACCAACAACAACAGCAGCAGCAACAACAACAGCAACAUCAGCAGGAUAAACUGGAGUCGGUGCAGCAGCAAGAUGAUGAGGGAACGAGUUCAGAUGCCAACGCCGAUGCAAUCAACAAAGUGAUUGUGCCAAACAUUGAGGAGGAGCUGGACUUUCUGGCCGAUGCGAAUAGUGCGCCCAAACAGGGCUAUGCCAACUCGUUGACCACGAAUGGUCGUGGCACCAACUCGUCAACGAAUAACACCAACUUUGGCAUACGUAAUCCCAAUAAAACACCCUCACCAGAGCCGCCUUCCUCCAUAGCGAAUGAGUGCAGCAAUAAUGGUCUAACGCCAGUGUCGUCGUCAUCAGCCGCCGCGCAUUGUGCAUCCUCCAGUGGAGCGUCCGGUGCGUACAGUCCCGCCGCACCGAAACCCGUCAGUGUGGGCACCUCAAUUGGCGAGAAGAAAACGCAAUUCAUGGACAGCUAUUUAAAGUUUCUGCAAGGUGAACGUGACGAUGAUCCGCCGCCCGUUGUGAAGCCAUCGCGUAAACUAAACUAUCCACGUGCUCCAUACAAACGCAAAGGAAAGAGCGGCUCUGGUGAUGAUGUGCCCACGUCGCAGACAUCAACGUCGGGUGCCGCAACGCCAGACAACAAUCAGAUUGUGCACAAUUUGGCCGGUUUGGUGGGCGAUGAUGGGCAUCGCAUUAAAAUACUCUCACAAACUCAAAUACUGCCGAAGAAGAGGCCGCAUGCACAAAUGGUGGCAGCGGCAGCUGCUGCGGCGGCUGCCGCUGAAUCAACAACUACCUCUGUCAUCCAGCAUCCUGCCGCUGAUCAUCAGACGACAGCAUCGUUUCGGCCAUACGCUCAGCAGCAACAGGAGGCGGCGCAACAGCAUUUUGUGCAACAGCAGCAACAACAACAACAGCAGCAGCAGCAUUGUGCACAGCAGUUGGGUAGCGGGAGCGGAGGCGGCGGCGGUGGCGGCAGUCAAGACCCCUUGAAUAUGCCGCCACGUCGGGAGCAAUGCUCCCGCAAGGCCAAGGAAAGCAGCAUGCACGCACUUCUUUUGAAUACGUCUGCUAUUGGGGAGGGUGGUGCCGUGGUUGAGCCCGAGGAGUUCACCGACUCGGACACUGAUCCUGUUUGGACGCCGCAGGAGGAAGACAGCGAUGACGGCAAGGGCUAUGGCAAGCGAAAAGCGGCACGACGCACCAAGGGCACACCACGCAAGAACAACUAUUGUCAGCAAACUGUGCACUUGCAACAUCAGCUACAGGUCCCACAGCAGCAGCAGCCGCUACAACAAGAGCUGCAUCAUCACCAGCAACAACAACAGCAGCAGCAACUGCAAGUCGCUACCGAUGGCUAUAAUACGCAACAGGAUCUGCAGGGUGGCGCCGAUGCAAUCAGCUAUGGCAAUCCAACAGCGGGAGCUGCAGUGACAGCAGAAAACUUUAAAACUGGUGACUUUAUUGUCUUGCGCUCUGAUUUGGUCAACGAUUGGCCAACAAUUUGGCAGGUGGACUCCAAAUGCAUCCUGCAAAAGUACGAGCCAUUUCGACAGAACGGUAAAACUUUCUAUCGCAACAUGUCCAAGUACGCUUCGUGGAAUCUGGAAACGAAGAAACUCUACCUCAAAGCACCUGUACGCAUUCAGCUGCAAUCUCACACGGAGACUAUUGUUGAGUUUAUGCGCUCGGAGUUAUUGGCUGAUGAUACCGAGCAGUUUAUUGAGAAGAUUAUGGAGGAUUAUCUGUCUUAUCGCGAUAAUUUUGAAAUCUAUAUACAAACAAUGAUAUCGCAAGCGCUUGAUCCCAGCUUUUUCUCCGAGAUAACCCGUGAAAAGGAUGAUUACUUCUUAGGUAGCGUGCGCGUCAUAGACAACAUCAUGGAGAACUGCAAGCGAAAAUUAUUGGCCAUCACUCCGUGGACACGAAGCAUUAUUUCGUCUAUUGAGACAUGGCCGAAGUGUCAUGUUUUCUCGGAAUGGGUGCAAAACAAUCUAACACAAAAGAAUUGCGCUGGCUGUCAUCAACCCGGAAUUGCUGUUCGUUUCUUACUUUUUGGUGAACCCUAUAAUCCAAACACUAUGCAAACUAUAUCUGCAGAUGCGCGAAUUGUCUACGAAAAAGAUAUUGUAUUGUGUCGUAUCUGUGCCGCACGUGCAGAUCUUUUCCACAAGAUUGCGCACGAAAAGUUCAAUCUGUUUAUCAAUUGCUCACAGCGUGUGACUGAACAGCAACAACAAUUUCCGGACAAGACCUCAACGGAAAUACUAAACGAUCUGCUGGCAGAACACAACUGGAUUGAUGAGUUGUUCCGAAACAUGCGCAAUUGUUGGGCUGAGGUCGAGAGUUUGGAACGACAAAAACGCUUCCGCGAAGUCAUGCAGUAGUUAUGACCAACAAUAAUAAUAAACUAUGGAACUGGAGCUUGGACUUGCUUGAAAAUGUAUUAUUGUAUACAACAAUGCUGCAAUAAACUCAAUGAGUUGUUAAUUUUUAUCAAUAACGAUAUGCUUAAGUUGUUAUGUUACGUUAAGAAAGUUCUCAUAUUGCAUAUUGCAUUUUUCUGUCUGUCCGCAAUCCAAUCAUUCGAGCCAUAGGUUGGAUGUGCACAUUGCAUAUACAUCUUAUGUUGUGGUCUUCAACCUGCUACUUCGUAUAGUCUCAUAAGUUUAUUAUAAUUUUAUCAAAAUCAAAAAUGAAAAUAUCAAAUGUAAAUUUAAUUUCGUUCUUAGUAAUUCCUUUAUAUUGACACUUUCUACAGUUGUGUGAUGUUAUCUGCGCACCAUGAAAUAUUGAAUAUUAUUGUUUGUCAUAAGUUUAAGCUAAACACGGUAGAAUUUAUAGUUUACGACCUUUAAAUUGUAAUACACCUUAAUGAAGUUGUAACUCUAUUUAGCAUUUAUAUUUAGUUUAUCGCUCUUAAAUUCAUUGAA